AUGCGUGCAGGCGAUCCCAUCGAAAGUACAAUUUCUGCAACCCAAACUGUUUUACGCAAGAUCAAUCCUUCCUACGAGCUAUUCAUGUGCGCUAAUCAACACACCCCCUUGAACAACGAUCCAUCCGCCGCGGUAUCUGCCGCUCUCGGAAAUCCUGGCAGCCAGCCAAUUGACUGGCUUUCUGCGAAUCCUAUGUCCUUCCAAAGUCCUUUCAUCAACAAGAACUCAGAAAUCCCCAUGCCCCAGUGGAAUUCACAGGACCUUGAGGGACCGGAAACGGGACGCUCCGCAGGCUCGACUGAGGACCUUCUUGAUUUUACACAGUCUGAUAUGGGUUGGAAUUUGGAUUUUUUGACGAUGGACCUUGAAACAUUCUUUUCAACAUACGAUCAUUUGAGUGGCUAA